AUGCCGAGUCGUCAACGCCGCCCCACUGAGAAGGCUCAAGAGUCAAAAGCCAGUACGCCUGCAGCAAUUGCAGCUACAGUCAUGGAGCAGCCGCCUCAGGUCCUCAAGAAGCUUCUGCACUGGAACGACUUGCCUCAUUGGCAACGCGACAACCGUCACAUCCAUAGUGGAUAUCGACCAGCCUCGUUCUCGUUCCUGGUCUCUUUCCAAUCGCUGACAUAUAUACACAAUGAGACGGUUAAUAUAUAUACGCAUCUACUGCCAUCGUUGCUGGCUGUUCCCGGGGCAGUCUUGCUUCAUCGCGUUCUGGCACCUCGGUACGAGACGGCUACCCAGGCUGACAUCAUUAGCUUCGCCUGCUUUUUUGCGGGAGCUGCUGUGUGCCUGGGGAUGUCUGCGACGUACCAUACGAUUUCGAACCACUCGCCGACUGUCGCGCGCAUAGGAAAUACCCUUGAUUAUGCAGGUAUCGUAGCUCUGAUUGUGGGCAGUUUUGUCCCUAGUGUAUACUAUGGGUUCUAUUGUGAGCCUGGGCUACAACGACUAUAUUGGACAAUGAUCUGCACCAUUGGGAUUGGCUGUGUGUUUGUUUCGAUUAUGCCCCAAUUUCGGACUCCCCGGUGGCGGCCAUUCCGCGCCGCCAUGUUUGUCGGCAUGGGCCUAUCAGCGGUGGUGCCCGUCAUCCACGGGCUACGGGCGUAUGGUCUUGAACAGAUGACGCGCCAAAUAGGGCUCGGGUGGCUGCUACUUCAGGGAUUCUUGUAUAUCCUGGGAGCUGGGAUCUACGCCGCUCGGGUCCCCGAACGUCUGCGACCGGGCCAGUUCGAUCUUUGGGGCAGUUCGCAUCAGAUCUUUCAUGUGCUGGUGGUGUGUGCUGCCGUGGCUCAUCUGACUGGGCUACUGAGGGCAUUUGACUACAGACACAGUGGGAUUGCCGAGCGCUGCUCCGCGUACUGA